AUGCUCGACUGGAGCAAGGCUACAAAGUACAGCGGCAUUCUCCAGCUCUACCGUAAUCUCAUCGAAUUACGUCGUAACAAACAAAAGAACACUCGAGGUCUUAUGGGUCAAAACAUUCGUGUCUUCCAUACGAACGAUCAAACCAAAGUGAUAGCCUAUCAUCGUUGGAUGGAGGGUGGCCCAGGAGAUGAUGUGAUUGUUGUGGCCAACUUUUCAACUCAAUCAUUUGAUUCCUAUACAAUCGGUUUUCCGAACUCGGGCACGUGGGAACUUCGCUUUAAUUCGGAUUGGAAAGGCUAUUGUGAGGAUUUUACAAACAAAGGAUACAGUACCACAGCACAUGAAGGCGAAUGUGAUGGCUUGCCAUGCCAAGGCAAUGUUGGUUUGGGUCCUUACAGCUUGAUUAUUCUCUCGCAGUGA